CGCGCAGGCGCCGGUCCCGCUCCGCCCCGGCCCCGCUCCGCUCGGUCGGGCUCGGUACCGCGGGGUCGGCGCAGCACAAAAGGCUCCGGAGGGGCCAUGGGCGUCGGGGCUGCGCCAUGAGGAGCAGGCGGCGGCGGCGGCGAGCAUGGCGGCGGGCGGCGGGGCCCGGCGGGGGCUGCUGAAGCGGAAGCCGAACUUCACCCUGCAGGAGAUCGACAUCCUGAUGAGCGAGGUGCUCAAGUACGAGCAGCUCCUGUUCGGCGCCGCCGCCAGCACCGUCAACGCCUACGAGAAGCAGAAGAUCUGGUGGCGCAUCACCAACAAGAUCAACGCCGCCGGCCGCAACCAGCGCGACAUCGGCGAGGUCAAGAACCGCUGGCGAGGGCUGCGCCGCAGAGCCAAUGACAAGAUCACCCGGCACCGGCAGGAGCGGCAGGGACCGGCCCCCAGGCACCCGCCGCCUUCCCCCAGGCCGGGCACCGGCACCGGGGCCGGCUGGGGACAGAGAGGAGGCACCGGCAUCGAGGCGCCGGUGCUGAGCGCAGAGGUGGUACCGCACGGCCUCACGGAGGAGGGCGUGAAGGAGGAGCCGGUGGAGGUGAAGCCCGAGCCCGUCCCGAGCCCGGCUCCCGACGGCGCCGCCCCGGGGGGGGGCCCGGAGCGGAGCGAGGGCUGGAACCGGAGCCCCCCGGAGCCCGAGCCCUGCCUGGGGGAGCCGCCGGGCUCCGGCUUCCCCGGGGUCCUGUUCCGGCAGGGGGCGGAGCCGCUCCCGGAGGGCGGGGCCAGCGCCGGGACCGCCCCCUCGGGGGUACCGGAGGGGAGCCCCGGGUGCGCGCAUGCGCAGGAGCGCCUGGUGCAGGAGGUGCGCGCGUUCCGCAGGGAGUUCGCCGAGAGCUGCCGGGAGAGCGCGUCCCUGCUGCGCUCCAUGGCGCAUGCGCUGGGGGCGCUGAGCCGGAGCCUGGCCGAGAUCCGGGACCUGUGCCUGCGGGAGCAGGGUCCGCAGGGGUGACCCCCCCCCCCCAUCACCCCUCCCCCCCCAGCUGGCUGUGGGGUCCGGACACCCCCUCCCCCCCCAUCCUUUUGAGUCUUAUUUUUAUGGGGGUUUCCCCGUUUCAAUAAACCCGACGUGACCCUGGGCUCGGGGAGGGCUCCGGGGAUGCUGCGA